AGUCCAUCCUACUAUCAUUACCACGCUCAGAUAUUUUGGCUUCUCCUUAUAUAAUUCCAUUCCCAAGACACCAUUUCUGAUACACAAACGUCAAUAAUGGGUGCUCUGGAUCAUCUCUCAAACAUCUUCGAUUGCUCUUCCGGCAGAUCCAAGCUCAAGAAACGCAAGCAAUUGCAGACGGUGGAGAUCAAGGUGAAGAUGGACUGCGAAGGAUGCGAGCGGAAGGUGAAGGGGGCGCUGGAGGGAAUGAAGGGUGUGAAGCAGGUGGACGUGGACCGCAAGGCGCACAAGGUGACGGUCGUUGGAUACGUGGAACCGGGCAAGGUGGUGUCCCGCGUGGUGCAUCGGACGGGCAAGAAGGCCGAGAUCUGGCCGUACGUGCCAUACGACGUCGUUGAUCACCCAUACGCGCCUGGUGUCUACGACAGGAAGGCCCCAGCUGGGUACGUGCGAAACGUGCAGGACCCGCAGAUGUCGUACCUGACACGUGCGAGCUCCACUGAGGUGCGGUACACCACAGCUUUCAGUGAUGAGAACCCCGCAGCUUGCGCCAUUAUGUGAUGCAAUAAUUGCUGAUGGAAAAAUAGUUAAAACUACUUUAUGUAGUGGACUUCUUAGGACCGUAGAUUUCUUUAUCUCCUCGAGAUUGGUGUGCUGCAAAUUAAUUUUUUUUUUUGGUUGGGGACUAUGACUUGUUCAUUAGAUCUUAGAAUCAAAGAAUUAAAUCUUCAAUUAUGUAAUUCUGAUUGUAUUUUUUGAUGAAACUCGUCUAGAUUCAAUAUUUUGUCUGUAAA